AUGAUCAGCUCAGUUUGUGUUUCCUCCUUCCGCGGGCGCAAGUCUGGUAACAAGCCUCCUUCCAAGUCAUGUUUGAAAGGAGAUAUGGGCAAAAACGAGGACAGCGACAAGAUUGUCAUUAAUGUUGGUGGCAUCAGGCAUGAGACCUACAGGAGUACCCUCAAAACCUUGCCAGGCACCAGACUCUCCUGGCUCACAGAGCCUGAUGCCUUCAGCAACUUUGACUAUGACCCCAAGACUGACGAGUUCUUCUUCGACAGGCACCCUCAAGUCUUCGCCUAUGUCUUGAACUACUAUAGGACUGGCAAGCUGCAUUGCCCCGCAGAUGUCUGCGGACCCCUCUAUGAGGAAGAGCUGGCUUUUUGGGGGAUUGAUGAGACGGAUGUGGAGGCUUGCUGCUGGAUGAACUACAGGCAGCACAGGGAUGCUGAGGAGGCGCUGGAUAGCUUUGAGGCGCCUGAGCCCACAGAGGAGGAGGAAGAUGGGGAUCUGAAAAGACUCUGCCUUCAGGAAGAUGGGAGACAGCUGGGCUGGUGGAAGAGACUCCAACCAAAAGUUUGGGCUCUCUUUGAGGACCCUUACUCUUCCAAAGCUGCCAGGUAUAUCGCCUUUGCUUCCCUGUUCUUCAUUCUCAUCUCCAUCACAACGUUUUGCCUUGAGACCCAUGAGGCAUUCAAUGAGAUCAUCAACAAGACUGAGACCACCACACAAAACAACGUCACCAAGACGGAGAUUAUAUUAGAAGUGGAGACUGAACCUUUCCUCACUUAUGUAGAAGGCAUGUGCGUGAUAUGGUUCACCUUUGAGUUUUUCAUGCGUGUUUUGUUCUGCCCUGAUAAAAUGGAAUUCAUUAAGAGCAGCUUGAACAUUAUUGACUUUGUGGCUAUUUUACCCUUCUACCUGGAGGUUGGCUUGAGUGGCCUGUCUUCCAAAGCAGCCAAGGAUGUCCUAGGUUUCCUUCGUGUUGUCCGAUUUGUUAGGAUCCUGAGAAUCUUUAAGCUCACUCGUCAUUUUGUUGGUCUCAGAGUUCUUGGCCACACUUUACGAGCCAGUACAAAUGAGUUUCUUCUUCUUAUCAUAUUUUUGGCACUCGGGGUUUUAAUCUUUGCCACUAUGAUAUACUAUGCGGAAAGAAUCGGGGCUGAGCCCGGGGACAUUACUGGUAGUAAACACACCAACUUCAAAAAUAUCCCCAUAGGGUUCUGGUGGGCUGUGGUUACAAUGACAACUUUGGGGUAUGGUGACAUGUACCCAGUGACUUGGUCGGGUAUGCUGGUGGGUGCCCUUUGUGCGUUAGCAGGUGUGCUAACAAUUGCUAUGCCAGUCCCUGUCAUUGUCAACAAUUUUGGAAUGUACUACUCACUAGCAAUGGCUAAGCAGAAGCUACCAAAGAAAAAGAACAAACAUAUUCCACGGGCUCCUCAACCUGGAUCUCCUAAUUACUGUAAACCAGACAUGCAGUCUCCUCAUAGAAGUGCAACAGGAGAUUCCUGCCCCUUAGCUCAGGAGGAAAUCAUAGAGAUCAACAGAGCAGACUCCAAGCAGAACGGGGAUGCUGCCAACGCUGCACUGGCCAAUGAGGAUUGCCCAACAAUAGACCAGGCUCUUUCCCCAGAAGAAAAGUCUCCUGUCACUCCUGGUGCAAGAGAGAGAUACAAUCGUGACCGAGCUUGUUUCCUGUUGACAACGGGGGAUUUUGCCCAUUCUCCAGAUGGCAAUAUCCGCAAAGGUUAUGAAAAAUCCCGGAGUCUUAACAGCAUAGCUGGCAUGAGUGGAAAUACGCUCAGACUGUCUCCUAUCUCUACCCCAUUUGGGUCACCAUCGGCAGUGAGACGCCCACGGUCUCCCAUUCCUUCCAUCUUAUAGCAUGGACUCAAUCAACUCAUAAGGGGAACCUUAACUAGUAAUAACUACAAAACAUCAACAGUGGCAAAAGAACAAAUAUAAGACAGAGACGUUAACAAAUUUUGCUAUUUUUUAAGAGGAUGAUGAAAAUUAUAGAUUAUAUGCAGAUAUAUUUAAAAAAAAUCAAGUUUGGCUUUUAAUAUAAGAAAAAAGAAAGACAA